AUGGCCCUGAAUUGUGGCUUCGGCGGGGCUGUCCUCGGUCCUCUGGAAUCGCACGGGCAGGGUCAGGGGCUUGCUGCCUUCACCGCACAACGACUCGUCAACUGUCAAGGAAACCAACUCUUCCGUCGCGCAGCUGCGGACGGCGAUCUGAGAUUCCGCGUCGGUCGUGAUGGAUGCCCCAAAAAACUUAAUGGCCUCGGAACAUGGCGACGAUACAAACUGGGCCAGGCACAAUUCACCAGCUGGCUAAAACAGACAGCAGAUAGACUCGUGUCUCGCAAGCAAGAAGAGCCAAACGGAGGAGAAGAAGGUGGUGCUGCAGCGGCCCAGCAGUCGCGUCGACAGAAAAAGAAGGCAAAGGCAGCAGCAGCAGCAGGCAUACCAAUCCCUAUCAACUUGGACCCGAGAAACGAGAAAUUUGUCCACUGGAGCCAGCUCGAGAUCCUCGCACAGCGUGUUGCCGACAACGCGGACCAGGAAGACGUCCCUGACUCGGCUCUCAACAUCCUCCGCGAUGUCGUGGGUACGCUUUCGAUGAAGUUCGCGUUUACUCGGACGGUUCUCCAAUGUACCUCCUGGAACUCGCCGCACACCGGUUACAUGCCCAGUCCGGCGCGCGAGAUCAGAGCGGGACAGGAAACCGACAAAGACGUCCGGCGUAAGGCCACGCUGUCCCAGCUUUCUCCCGUCGAGAUGCUGCAGCUCCUCGAUGACGCGGUCACAUCCCAGCUGGAAGGAUUGCUGACGCUUGACUACUUUGAGCUCUAUGAUGUCGCCGUUGCUUGGCUGGAAUCGUUGAGCACCGCGCUUGGGCCUGAACUACAGCAACGCCUUGGGCCGAAGGACGGUGACUCCCCUGCGUAUCUAGGGAACCUGCCCGUUCAACUCGCAGAGGCUGUGUCUCGGCCCUCGGAAUCAGGAACAAAAAUGGUGGAGCAGGCGGAGGUUCUGGACACCUUGGUCGGAUCCUGCCGGCAGUUCCUCGAAGAAAAGCAGGGACAAUCCACGCUUGGCUGA